AUGCCUCAGAUGGAGGAAUCCCUUGUGGGUUACCUUGCAGCUUCCAAGGCAUCUUUGAGGAAGGCUGCUGAAAUCGAGGAGCUCCGCCGCUCAUCCGAUCUUGCCCUCCGUGCGACCAAGCAAGCAGCUUGUGCCAUCGGCCGCUCUCUUGCGGCACUAAUUGUCACGGAGAAGCAUUUAUGGCUUAACCUGUCGGGGCUAAAGGAAAAGGAGAGGACUUUUCUUCUUGAUGCCCCAGUUUCGAAGGUUAAGUCAGCGGCGUUUGAGCGCUACAUCCCUCGCCGUAGGCGGCGUUCUUCCGGUCAACCACCUGAACCUGAGCUUGCUGCUGGGCCCAGCUGGUGGCAGGGUCAGAAGGCUAGUGUAGCUGCGAGAGCCCUGCCUCCGAGGAGCCGGGGUGCUGGGCAGCGACCUCGCUCGAGGCAGAGACAGGACCACAGGGAAGUCAUCGAAGCAAAGGAAGGUGAGGAAGCGGUGACUUCCUCCACUGGUUGUGCUGGUAGCAAUGCAGUGGGGAAAGGAGCAGGAAUCCGUUUCAACAGUCUUGAACACGAAGCGCUGCUGGAGGCUCAGAACGUGGUCGUAUCUGUUGCUGCCUCAAAGCUGGAGACUCAGGACUUGGUAUCUGUUAUUGCCUCUUCCCUCACGGGCCCGAGGCUCAGAACACAGGGGACUCAGAACAGUUGUUUCUGUUGCUGCCUUCCCUGUAACAGGCCGGAGACUCAGUACCGAGGUUUAUCUGUUAGUGUCUCACCAUUGCAGGCCGAAGACUCAGAUCAAGGAGUGUCUUUUGGGAAGGACAAAAAUUACGAACUCAUCAAGAAGAGCACCUUAAUUGAAGACAGAAAACCUGCUCGAUACCAUCUGACACUGAUUACACAUGAUUUGGAUCAAUCUAAACCAUAUAGGAAAAUGACCUUUGGGGAGAGAGACUCAAAAAAAAACCAUAAAACCCUUCUGAUGGUUGGAGAAACAGGAACAGGAAAAACAACCCUGAUCAAUGCUAUAGUCAACUACAUGUUGGGUGUAAAGAGAGAAGAUAAGGUUUGGUUUGAGAUCACAGAUGAUCAGGGUAACUGGAAAGAUCACAGCUCGACAGCCAUCAUCACUGUCUAUGGUGUUUAUGACCAAAAGAUUCCAGAUGACUUAACAAUCAUUGACACACCAGGAUAUGGAAAUACCCAUGGUAUCACCUUUGACAAAGAAAUUGCCAUGAAUUUGCUUCGCUUAUAUGAAGAUGGCCUCCAUGAAAUAGAUGCAGUGUGUUUAGUUAUUGACGCAUCUCAAACUCGACUCUCUGACAGACAAAUCUACAUAUUUGAUGCUGUUCAGUCUUUAUUUGGAAGAGAUAUUGCUGAAAACAUUGUCUUGCUUUUCACACACUCAACUGGAGCUCCACCUAAAAAUGUCCUGAUGACCAUCAAAGAGGCUAAAGUAAAAUGUGCAGUAAAUGACAAGAUGAAGCCAGUAUAUUUCCUGUUUGACAAUUGUCAAUCAAUGCCCUUUGAUGAAAAAUAUGAAACAAUCCAGGAGCAAUCAUGGAAACUCAGUCAUUUUGGAAUAAUGAGCUUUUUCAAGUUUCUUGAAAACAUAAAACCAAAACAAUUGAAGAUGACUCGAGAUGUUUUGCAGAAACGGAAGCAUCUGGAAGCAAAUGUCUCCCAAAUGGAGCAAGAAAAUCUUUCAGAAUCAGAGAAAAUAACGAGGGUGAAUGAAGCUUUUCACUGUCUGGAAACUCUGGAGAUGAUCGCACUCAACACUGAUUCUUUGCUCACACUUCUGCACAUUGAUUCUCUGAUUGAGAAUUUGAAGGAAAUGAAUCAGCCUGAAAAGGUAAAAACUCUGGAAGACAUUAAGAAGAGAGCAGGAGAAGAAAAUACUGGAGCACUGGGAUACAUAAAAAGAUUUUUGAAAUAA